AUGCAACCGGCACCAGGGCAGGUGUGGAAUCUUGAAUCUCAGCCCUUAGUUGUGUCCCCCUCUGACUCCCGUGGGCCUCCGCUGUCAGCCCUCCGCUGUCAGCCCUCCGCUGUCAGCCCUCCGCUGUCAGGCCCACAGCCGCUCUGUCCUGGGAUCACCUCACCUCCAUCUGUCACUGCAGACAUCCAUGAAGCGCAUCAUUCUGCAGCUCUGGAGCAAACGCCGAUCAUGACCCAGGGCGAGCAGAACAAGCAACACACUCAUUCGUUUGUCGAGCGUAUGAGGAUGUGA